AUUCAUAUAAAGCGCUAACAAGAUUCAGACUCUUGUGAAAACUCGAAAGUCAUGCGGAAAGCAUCAUUUAUUUCAAAUACUUCUUGGAUGAUCAAAUCCUUAUCACGACCACAAAAUUAUGUUCAAAGUGCAAGCUAUAUGAAGAUAAAAACACUUCCAAAUUAUGAUGAUAUUGAAUUUCCUGAGAGAAAGAAAUUGCGAUUAAUUGAUAAGACCCCUCAACCUGUUAAGAAUACUAACAGUCACGUAGCAGUACAGCAGAGAAGCGAGGCCAAAUACAGCAGAGGACCAGAUGUGAUCAACAAUAGGCUGAUAUAUGGGCAGUAUGGAGUACAGGCUCUGGAUGGGGGACUAUUAACAGCCAAGCAUUUUGAUUCCUGGCGACUCUACAUCAAUGCUAAACUUACAAAUGACAUGUUUGCCGAAUGGCGUGUGGAACCGCCAUGGAAACCAGUGUCGAAAAAAGGACAAGGAAAGCGUAUGGGGAAAGGGAAAAGCCCCAUUACACAUUAUGUAACCCCUGUCAAGGCAGACUGUAUUAUCAUGGAAAUCGGAGGAAAAAUUGAAUUAAGACAAGUAUAUAAAAUGCUUCGCCAUAUUGCAAAUCAGUGUCCAUUUGAAGCAAGAAUUGUGAGUGAAGGAAUUCUUAAGAAAGAAGAAGAGCAAGAGAACUGGAUCAAAGAUAAUAAUCUAAACCCAUUUUCCUAUGAGUACUGUGCUAGAAACAAUUUCCUGGGAAUCAGGAAGGACCUCAGUCCAUAUGAUUUAAUAUUUUUUGGUAAAUACAGGUAGAAUCAUUUAAUCCUCCAAAGGAUCUAUACAGUUUUGUUUCCCCUCUGUUGAAACUUUACAGAGGAAAGCUCUUUUUUUUACUCUUGUAUGUAAAUAAAUAUGUAACAUGCUUGGUGGAAAAGUUGUUUUGUUUUUUUUGCUGUUCAGGUACCAUAAUAAAAAUUAAUACAUGUAAAACUUCA